UAUACACACAUUUACAAACACACCACCGCGUAUACCACCACUAUUAUACACACGCACGGACCUGCUACUUGACCCUUAUCACUUGUUGCGUCGUCGUCUUCUCAUGGGCGGCGGCGUCUGCGUCGGCUAUAAAGCUGGCUAGGUUAGAGUGCGUGCGCCCCCUUCUCUCCCCGCGCGCUCAUCUCGUAGUCGUGGCGCUUGGAGCAGCGGAGUGGUUGCUGCCGGAAGCCCAAGCCAGCCGGUAUUUCUAGUGCGUAGUAUCGCCAUCAGCGCUCAAUAAUACUAGCGCACGCUCGCUUUGUUUUCUAGCCCUUGUCAGCGAACCUUCCCCCUGAAAACCCCACCCACCCUUCCUCCGAUCCUCCUCGCCUCCGCCUCACUUGCUUCCAUUCUUUCCACCACCACCGCUCCCUCUCUCUCGUCGCCUCCCAGGCCCUUAAUUUCUCCCUCUACGCGGAUCACCGAAAGCUAGCUAGCUACCUGCUCGACGGAGGACCGGCGGCCGGCGAUCUGUGCCGUCAAGAAGUCAAGAAGCUAGUAGCUAGCGCCUAGCAGAGAUAUAUACAUGGCUGGCGCGGGGGGUGCGACGGCGGUGCAGCAGCCGGCGGCGGGAGCGAGGAGCGGUGCCGGCGCGGCGGGCGCGCCGGUCGCGGACCCGCGCGCCGAGGCGCUGCGGUGCCCGCGCUGCGACUCGGCCAACACCAAGUUCUGCUACUACAACAACUACUCGCUGUCGCAGCCGCGGCACUUCUGCAAGGCGUGCAAGCGCUACUGGACGCGCGGGGGCACGCUCCGCAACGUCCCCGUCGGCGGCGGGUGCCGCAAGAACAAGCGCUCCAGGAGCAGCAGCGGCGCGGCGGGCGCCGCCGGGAGGAGCGGAUCCUCGGCGGCCGCGGCAGCCGCCGCCGCGGCCACGUCGUCCUCGGCGGCGUCCGCGCUGUCCCUGCCGCCGCCGGCGGGGUCCCUGCCGUCCCUCACGUCCGCGCUCGGCCUGUCCGGGGGCACCUCGCUGGCGUCGCUGCUGCUCGGCACCGGCGCCGGCGGCGACCACCUCGGCCUCUUCCACGCGGCCAUGCAGUCGGUGGUCUCCUCGGAGGCGACCGCCUACGAGAUGCAGCAGCAGCAGCAGACGCAGGUGGACCACCUGCUGGGCCUCGGCUACGGGGGCGCCGCCGCGCAGAUCCAGCUCAAGCCGUGGAUGCAGGACGCCGGGGCCGGCGGCGCGGGCGGGAUCAUGGACAGCUUCUACGCGCCGCUGCUGUCCAGCUCCCUCGUGCCGGGGCUGGAGGAGCUGCACGUCAAGGCGGAGGCCGCCGGCGCCGGGGAUCACCAGCAGAAGGCGGCGCCCGGGGACCAGCAGAGCGGCAGCUGGGAGCUGCCGACGCCGUCGUCGUCCAACGUCGACGCCAGCAUCAUCGCGUCGGACGCGCUCAUGGCGGCGGCCGCGUCCAUGAAUCCCGCGGUUAGCUCCACCUCCACGGCGGCGACCACCGCCCCCUCCUCGUUCAUGUACUGGGGCAACGGCGGCAUUGGCGGCGCUGCCGCGGCGUGGCCAGACCUCGCCAACUGCGGAUCCUCCAUUGCCACGCUCUUCUAGCCGCCUGGACUGUCCUGCUGGCUCGUUAACUUUAUUUUUUUUUUCACCUUGAUUUUCUGGUUAAUUUUUUCUUGACUACAAUAACAUGUAAUUUGUGGGGGAAAGCUGAGAUGAGAGAGAGAGCACUGUGGAAGGAGAGAGAUCAUCUCAUCUCAUAGGGCAGAAAAUUAGACAAAUCAAACAAUGAUCCAAUAUUUCAAGAGGAUUUCUUCGCCGAGUCGAACAUCGGAUCCAUGAUCUUUGCCGUCGAUCGAUGAUCAAGGCGGUCGACAACUUGCAAGCAUGGAUUUAGAAGGAGGAGGAGAUCAUGAGACCAAGGAUAGAGCGAAGAAGCCAAGAAGUGUAAGUGCAGUGCUGCCAUGCCACCACUUGUUAUUUGCGUCUUCUUGGCUAGCUUCUCCUUGGGUGUUUUGUACAUAGGGCAUAUGGUGGGGGAUACAAUAGCUAAGGUAGCCCAUGAGAGACCAUGGUGCAAGUCAUGAGUCUCUCUCUCUCAUCUCGGCAUUUUAAAUCAGUGUGUUUAAUUGGUUACUCUCUCUUUCUCUCUCUACCAUGGAUUUGGGAAGAGCUCUCUAGAUGUACAAGUUAAUACUAGUACUUUUUUCCUACCCCUUUGCAGCUGAAAUAGAGAACUGUUUUUGAGUUCUCAUGCAGUAGAGUUGUUAAGGGUUCAUGCAUCAAUUUCUUCCUUCCUUCUUUGAUCUUCUAGAGUGGAAUCAAUUUCUCUUUCUUUUGGGGGGUUUUGUUUCAAACUUGGCUUGUACGAAUUAUGAUGACUUUGUGAGUUAUGGGAAAUUUAAACACAUCUGCAGUUCUCA